AUGGUAUGUUUUUUAAUCACUUGCCAUUUUCUAGAAGUUGGUGCUGUUACUGAACAUCCCAAGUCUGUAUUUCGGUCUAAGAACGGCCUAGAGUUAUACUACAUCUCCGAGAAGUAUGUCGCUGAUCGUCUUCAAUCCUAUUGCACUGAGGAAGAAAGAGUAGUUUUUUCACAAAACAUGGACGUUAAACCCGGAAUAGUUGAAGGAGGCUUAACACUCUGGAAUGGAAGCAUAGAUCUUAUAGGGUAUCUUGAAUUGUCCGAAAAACUUGACUUUCGAAGUAAACGAGUUCUUGAAGUGGGAUGUGGCUGCGGGCUGCCUGGUAUUUUUGCUCUUAAGUCCGGAGCUAUGCAUGUAAUGUUUCAAGAUUACAACGAUUUUGUCUUGAAGGCAUGGACCAUUCCAAACGUUUUAUGCAACGUACUUUCUCUCGAAAAACAAAGUACUACAAACUUUGUUUUCCAUAAAGACGUUCCGAAAUCUUCAGCUUCUUUUAUUUCCGGUGACUGGCUUCACCUCUCCCGCGAAGAUCCUACUGAUACCUACGAUGUAAUCCUCUCAACUGAGACAAUUUAUCGCUCUAGCCUCUAUUAUCGCCUCUUAGCUUAUUUUGAGUCCAAACUGGCUCGUAGAUGCUCAUUAAUUGACAACUUGCCUACUAUUUACCUAUCUUGUAAAUCAAUCUACCACACUGGAGAAAAUAGCGGAAACCUUGUGGACUUUCUUUCUGCUGUGGAUCAAAGAAGUAACUUCACUUAUGUUGUAAUUCCCAUUUCAACAAUUGGUGUGAUGAAAUAUAUAGUAAAACUGACUUGGAAGUCAAAGCAGUGA